UUAAAAAAAAAAAAAAACAAAAGUUUGAUCUCUUAAAAUGUCUGGAAACUUCAAUUAUUCAAAUUUUCGAGAAUGGAUGUACAAGAGGAUCGAUGAAGAGAUAGGAAAUUUCUCGGCAGAAUUUACAUCGGGUGUGGAACAAUUUAUGACAUUUGCAAAUAGCCAGCCUCUAGCGCAAUGCAAUGGAGGUAAGUUCUUUUGCCCAUGUCAUGGUUGCCGAAAUGAAAAAUUUCUCUCGGGACAAAAAAUUUGGAAACACAUAUAUAGUAGAGGAUUUAUGCCUGACUAUUAUGUAUGGUAUAAGUAUGGAGAAGAAAUUGAUAUGUCAUUAGGAACGAGUUCUGUUGAUCCGACGCAUUUAAGUGGUAGUGGAGAAGUUGGUAAUGAAGAUAGAUAUGUAGAUAUGGUGAAUGAUGCAUUUCGUGAUAAUGUGAGUUUUGAUGACUAUCAAAAAGACGAUAUUUGUCAGAAUGUAGUAGAACCAGUACACAACCAUUCAAAGACGUUCUACGAUUUGUUAGAAGGAGCGAAAAAUCCUUUGUACGAUGGUUGUCGUGAAGGCCACUCGCAGCUAUCCUUAGCUGCUCGAGUUUUGCAAAAUAAGGCAGACUAUAAUCUUAGUGAAAAGUGUGUUGAUUCGGUGUGCCAAAUGUUGACAGACUAUCUAACAGAAGGAAAUAUGGCAACCGAAUCACACUAUGAGACAGAAAAGUUGAUGCGCAAUUUAGGGCUUCCAUUUCAUACAAUUGAUGUUUGUAUGAUCUUCUGGAAAGAAGAUGAAAGGUGGGAUAAGUGUCAAUUUUGUGGUGCAGAAAGAUGGAAGCCUAAGGACAAAGGUCGUAGAACCAAAGUACCAUAUAGUCGUAUGUGGUACUUACCUAUUGCUGACAGACUGAAGAAUGUAUCAGAGCAAGAAGACUGCAGCGGCAAUGAGAUGGCAUGCUGAGCACGAAGCAAAGGACGGAAAAAUGUGUCAUCCAUCUGAUGCGGCGGAGUGGAAAAACUUUCAAGAUAUACAUCCCCGAUUUGCCGAAGAACCCCGUAAUGUUUAUCUUGGAUUAUGUACAGACGGAUUUAAUCCAUUUGGGAUGUCUCAUAAUCAUUCAUUGUGGCCAGUUAUAUUGACUCCAUAUAAUAUACCUCCUGGUAUGUGUAUGAAUACAGAGUACUUGUUUCUUACAAUUCUGAAUUCAGGGCCAAAUCAUCCGCGAGCUAGUCUUGAUAUCUUCCUCAAACCUCUGAUUGAAGAGUUAAAAGAAUUGUGGUCAACUGGAGUUGAAGCAUAUGAUGUAUCCUUGAAUCAAAAUUUUAAUCUAAAAGCUGUGUUAUUGUGGACGAUAAGUGACUUUCCGGCAUAUGGCAUGCUAUCAGGAUGGACGACCCAUGGUAAAUUGGCUUGUCCAGUUUGCAUGGAAGAUACAAAGUCUUUUUAUCUGCCUAAUGGAAGGAAGACCUGUUGGUUUGAUACAAGUUGACUGACCUUGGCAAUGAAAACUCAGAGACUUCAGAUGGUAUUUCACAUGCUCCACAGCUCUCUAUAGAGAAGGAUAAUGAGCUCUUCCUGCUGUCCACUUUCACAGAUAAAAGAGGAAGACACUAUAGAAUAGGCAGUCUCGAGAGUACUCUUGUGAAUGGGAAGCGGAAGUACAGCGUAUCAUGCUCUUCAUCAUUUUUUGACCUCCAAAAACAAUUAGACUCAGCUCACGGCAUGAUCGAGAAGCAGGCAGCUCUCAACGCUAAGCAAGAAAAGAAGCUCGCCAAGGCACAAAAGGAGCUCAAAAAAUUCUCUAAAGUGGAUAAGUUUUUGUCUGCAACUGAUCCAAGGUAUGCAGCUUUCAUGGAUUCUGAUGAUGAUGAUGAUGAUGAUGAUGAUGAUGAUGAAGAAGAUGAUUGGAGAAGGUGAUGUAGAAGGUGAUGGAGAAGGUGAUGGAGAAGGUUAUGGAGAAGGUUAUGAAGAAGGUGAUGAACAAAGUGAUGAAGAAGGUGAUGAAGAAGAUGAUUAGUUUCUGUGUAUGGUACUUGCUUUCUUUUCUUUUUGAAAACUUGUCUAACUCCAAUAGUAGGAGUUUCUUUUGAGACUUGUUGUAUGAAAUAUUUCUUCUAAUAUUUCUCCAGCAGUAGGAGUUCUUUUGCUU